ACCGCCAGCCAGCCGCCGGUGCGCGAAUUCCGUCGUCAGUCCCUCGCCUACCGCCAGACCGCUUAGCUUGCCCGCUUUUCGAAAUCAGUCAGUGUCUCUGUACCGAGGCGUGUGCACCACACUCUUUGGUCGUGUGCGCUACCAGCCCCGUGUGUCGUUGUUGUGUUUCCAACACGCACCAUCGUUACAUUCGCGGUGUGCUACAACGAGGAAUAACCAACCACCUGAUUGGCUAUCUUGAUAAGCGACGCCGAAUAUCACUAGUAGUGCGUCGGCAAACCGAAACGAAAACAAGCGCGUCGCCGCUGCGUUUUGUUGGUUCUUUGCGAGAGAGCGCAGGAAAUCUUUUGAACUUAAAAAAAAAAACUUUGUGUGCGAGAGGAUCACGACGUUUGUGUUAAGUUCCUUGGGAAGUUUACUAUAUCUCCAACAAUCUAUACGAAAAUUUGCGCCGUCGAGUGCAAGAAGCAGACGCAGUGCCAGAGUAGACAAAUCUAUCUCUCACACGCAUCCUCCUACGCCGGCCAAGCAAAAAGCAGUAGAAACGCACUCUCUGGGCUUGUUGCGUGUGUGUUGUGAAACCAAGCAAACCAAAAACUAAGCGAAUCCAACAAUGCGCUAGCUUCUUUCUCUAUAUAUCUUAUCUCGAUCGAACACAAACCAAAACUACAACAACCAACAGACAACAACAAAAACAAGCCGCUUCGCUUCGCCUUCCCGCUUUUACAUAAACUGCAAAACGUUGUUUUGUUUCCCUCAAUAUCUGAUUGAGUAUUAAUUGCAUCUAUCAGCAUCUUAAACUCUCUAGUGCUCCACACCGCUUGCGAACGGAUACGACCGAAACGUGCGCGCGCAACAUGAACAGUAAUUGUUGAUACUCGUCAAAGACCACCCAAAACUCUACCCCCCUCUUACCCACCACCCCCGAAUUUGAUUGUUUAUCACAUAUCGACGGAAUAUUGUAUACAGUGCGCGUGUUUCUUCGUUCUGACCCCCCCUCCACUUUUGAACCCCCGCGGAGAAUCAUUUACUAGCGAAGCGUUUUGAUUUGGAGCGCGUAAGAUGGCAAUGGUGAAUAUGAAUAAUCUGCUGAACGGCAAGGACUCGCGCUGGCUGCAGCUGGAGGUCUGCAGGGAGUUUCAGCGUAACAAGUGCUCCCGGCCGGACACGGAGUGCAAGUUUGCUCAUCCGCCGGCGAACGUCGAGGUCCAGAACGGCAGGGUGACCGCAUGCUACGACAGUAUCAAGGGUCGGUGUAACAGGGAAAAGCCACCAUGCAAGUACUUCCACCCGCCGCAACAUCUCAAGGAUCAGCUGCUCAUCAAUGGGCGGAAUCACUUGGCGCUGAAGAAUGCGCUCAUACAGCAGAUGGGUUUGACGCCCGGUCAGGCCAUCGUCCCUGGACAAGUGCCCACAGUCGAGGCGGACAUGAACCUUUUCGCGCGCCAUCACGCAUCCAACGCAAUGACGCUAGACGAUCGUUUUGCACUGAUGGCAGCGAAUCCUUAUCUCACCGGCAUGCCGCAGGUGGGCAACACAUACAGCCCGUACUACGCCCCAGGUCCCAUUAUGCCCGCGAUUAUGGGCCCCGACCCCACCGGCGUCGCGUCGCCCCUCAGCGUCGUCUCGCAGACGGUCGUGCAACAGAAGAUGCCUCGCUCCGAUAGAUUAGAGGUGUGCCGCGAGUUUCAACGCGGGGCGUGCAAGCGUGCCGAGUCUGAGUGCCGCUUUGCGCAUCCCGCCGACUCUGUGACGGCCAACGAGGACGGCACUGUCACUGUCUGCAUGGAUGCAGUCAAGGGCCGCUGCAACCGCGACCCCUGCCGCUAUUUCCACCCCCCUCUGCACCUCCAAGCCCAAAUCAAGGCCGCACAGUCGCGGGCUAGCGCGCCCGCUGCGGUAUCGCCCUUACUGGCGCCACAAACUGCUGCCGCCCUCGAGAUAGGCAAGAAGAGGCCGCGAGAGCCUAGCACCGCCGACACAGAUCUAUUACUGAUGGACGUCAAAUCUGUUGGAUCUUUUUAUUAUGAUAAUUUUGCCUUCCCCGGCAUGAUGCCGUACAAGCGGCCGGCGGCAGACAAGUCCGGCGUGCCCGUGUACCAGCCGAACGCCACCACGUACCAGCAACUGAUGCAGCUGCAACAGCCAUUCGUGCCCGUCUCAUGUGAGUACACAGCCAACCAGACACACGCUCCGCCCGCUAGUUCCGCCUCCUCAUCCCCGCCCGCCGCAGUUGCGACCAGCGCUGCCGAUUCACAGGUGGCGCUAAUGGUCGCCGCCACGCAGCAGCCGCCCAAGUGCGACACUGAAGUGCACGCGAGCGGCACGCACACUGUGGCCGCCACCGCCACCGUGCCCAGCUUGGUGGCACCCGAUCCGGCCGCUAUCGCGAAAGAAGUGGCGCAGCAGAACUACGCCAAGGCCGUGAAGCUCGCCCAGUCGGGUACGGCCGCCGCUGCCGCCGCCGCAGCCGCGAAUAUCGGCGCGCUUAAUCCGCUCAGCUACACGGGCGUCGCGCUUAACAAGCAAGCGGUGCUGAACAUGAACAUGCAGGGCGCCGCCGCCGCUGCCGCCGCGGGCAUGCAUCGCUUUCAAAUGCCGCUAACAGCUACCGCCGCUGGCAAUUCCGCUUUGGGCCUCGGCCUCCAGCACCCGUACGCCGCGGCGAUGUCGCAGGCCAGCUUGAUGAACUUUGCCGCGGCGGGUCGCCCGCCGACCGCGCUCAUGAACCCCUACGCGGCGGCGGCAUACAUGCGGCCCGCCUACCCCGCCACAGCCGUCACCAGCGCUAACCAGUUUCUGGCGACGGGUCUGCUGGGCCCCGCGCAAUACGCCACCAUGUCCAUGGACUCGGCCACAUACACGAAUGCCGCUGCCGCGCAAAACAGCAUAGCCACCGCCGCCGCCGCGCAAAAUAACAACAACAACGUGGUGAUGCCGCCGUAUAAAAAACUAAAGACGACAUAAAUACCGCGAUCCGAAUUCUACAAAACAUAUUUGUAUAUUUUGUUCGUUGACUUUUACUAUAUUAACUUGUUUGUUGCAAUAUUCGUUAGUCUACGUUUAGUUUACCGUGUUUGUGAAAUUUUAAUUUGUUGAGAAAUCAGUUUUCUAGCUCCUAUUAAGCAUAGGUAGGUUCGUAAUCUAGUCAAAAUUUAUUAACGAAGCGAUGUUUUGAAGUUUUACGACUAACAAUGCCGAUUUGCAUGCAUCACGCAGCGCGUCAAUGGCGGAUCGGUACCGCGAUAUGAUGCCCCCCGGCGGGGUGGCCUACUAAAAACUAAAAAAAAAAAUGAAAACAAAGAUGCGAGUGCCUCGACUCUGUGAUAUCUCAAUAUUGCACCACUGCGCUAGAUAUAUCUGCUAUCUAUGUCUGCACCUAAACAAUGCUGCAGUCCUGUUUAUCCUCACCCCCCACUCCCCCUUUAUCUCUCUGUCAAAACGAAAAACAACACUAGUUAAGGGCUUAUAACACACACACCCACACUAAUUCGACAUUACGUGAAUGUCCUUCGAUGCUAUUAUACCAUAUAACUAUCUAUAAACUUAGCCUAAGUAACGUGGGUGAGACACUAGUGCUGGUUAGAAAUGUGUUUUGUUAGUGUAUUUUUGGAAUUGAAGUUUAAAUUUUUGACUUUGCUGCAUGGUGGCUUGGUCCAAUACACGAUUUAAUGUGUGUGUAAUCCGUCUCUUUGCGUCUCAAAACAAAGAGAGCGAAUAAAGCCUUACAAACAACAUCAGCAACAACAACAACAAAACAAUCGAGUUGAUCGCAUGGUAGUGCCGUUGCGUCUAUUUAUCUCUUAAAUUAUGUAAUGUUGUUUAUGUAUUUGUUAGUUUCUCUUUUCUUUUCUUUUUUUGGUUGAACGCUGUGCGGUACGAGGACUAAUUUUUUCAAGUGCCAUUCGUUUGUUAUCUGUGUGUUUGUGUCUCGUAUUAAUUACGGCAGCGAAGGAAAUGAAAAGCAAAAGAAACAACUAACAUUUGUUGAAAACUUGAUAAGAUAGCAAAUUGUAGAUGUGAACUGACCCAAAAAGAGGUUCGAAACUCGACUAUCACGCGAGCGAUUUGAAGAAUAAUCCCGAUUCGAGACGCGAUAUGCAAACAUGUCGACAAUUCGCUUUUUAGUGCCUACAAUUCUUGCUUUUUAUAUACAUAAUCAAUAAUGCUGUGUUACACGUUUAAAAACAGAGUCUUUGGUUUUGGGUAACUACCAAACUAUAAGUACAAAAUUUCAACUGCAUGUCACAGUGUGUUUUAUUUAUACAUCGGUCCGCUGUCGCUUCUAUAUUAUUACUAUACAUGUUUUUUCGAUGCAUGCGUUUCUAAAUUCUAUAUGAUGUUACUAUAAGCACACUACUUGGGUCAGUCUCAGCUCUUUUUGGGUUGGGAGUAGUUAAUAUUAUUAAGUAUUUUUGUUUGUGUCACUAGAUGUAAUUUUAGUUACUAGAUCUAUAUGAAGAUGAAGGAAAACUGAGCCAGAUAUACAUAUAGUAUUGAUUUCUUUGCGAAAGAGAAAGUAACUUUAGAUAUUUUAUUAUUAAAUUUUAACGAGUGGCAAUGUUUGUUCCUUACUUGUUUGUACAAUGUUAGUCGUAGGUUUCUAGUAUUUUGUGUGCGUAGCGCCACACGCUAAUAUCUAAAUCGUUUAGGUUUGAUAAGAAUUUAUGCUUGAAGCAGAACGUUUUACCGAUGAUAGAGUCGAAUAUUGACUGCUUAAUUCGAAGUCUUCCUGAGUUCUUUUUGGCGAUGAUCUCGAAGCACAAAUUUCAAUAAUAAUAACUAAUCGAAAUCCGAGUUUUUCAAUUCGUCAACGCAACAACCAUGUGUCUUAAGCAUUUCGUUUUACAUUUGCGAACUAAGUUCUGUGUAAGUUUUGUAAAUAACGAAUUGAAAACGAUUGCACCUAUGAAAUGAAACUAAACUAACUUAAAGACAACUAUUACUGAUUAAAACCUAACAAAGACGAAAUGAGAAAUAAGUAAAAACAUAUGUGAUGCAUGUAUAGGAAUUAUCUAUAUUAACUAUAACUAUAUAUUAUGAAUAUAUAUUAUCCACUAUAUAUUAAUUAAUCGAUUUUUUGAGUAAGCAAAGACAUUUCGUGUCUAUAUUAUUGCAUAUAACGAUCACACGUUCUCGCUGUAAGUCAGUAAAUUCUAAGUACAUUAUGUGUCCUCGUCUGAGUUGCAAAUUAGCUUUACGAGAGUUAGGUUAGCAACUGCCUGAUAUGGCGUCCGAAAAUCGGGAAUUGAUCAUCCGGAGACAUAGUGCCUUUUUUUGAAAUAACAAUUAAAACUGUUCCAUGCGAGCGUAUUGGGCAGUUCUUAACCGCUAAUCGUACCAAUUUGUUUCCCGCAACAAAAACGAUUCGAAAUAAAACCGCACAUCAUGCAAAUCUUUUACACAAUAUUAAUUAAGGUGGUGUUUGGGUAUAUAUGAAAUAGUUUCCGCCAUCGGCCACACGCCGGCAUUUUGUGUCGCUGCCUAAAAUCCAUGUCGGACGCUAACUACUGAGUAGAAGUAAAGUAAUGUAAUUUCCUAAAACAUUGUCAUUGAGCUUUUGAAGGAUGGAAUUUGUUUAUCGAUCGCACACGACCACUCUUAAUUGUAAUAAUAAUUGCUUGAGAAACGUGCAUGAUAAUUGUUUUAUUAAUCAUUUUAUGAUUGUAUUUAAUUACGUAUACGUAUAUAGGGUAUAUCUAUAUAUGUAUAUCUUAUAAAUACCAUAUAUAUACAUAGGUAUCGAGUAA